AUGAAGAGAAAGGUUAUGGCAGUCGAAGAAGAUAGCUCGGAUAAUCACGGAGUCGCAUGGUGGAGAGGGCCGUUGCUUAGCAAAGGAGGGUUUGCGUCUGUUUAUCUCACUUUUUUGAAGAAACUCAAAUCAAGAAGAGCAUUUUAUCCACCACUUAUGGCUUUCAACCAUCUUCGUGACUGUCCCUACAUUCUUGAGUGUUAUGGCGAAGAAACUACUAUGAGUAAGGAUGGAAAGAUGAUUUACAAUCUAUUGUUGGAGUACGCUUCUGGAGGAACCCUAGCUAAUCUUAAAAAGAGGUCGGGUGGUUGUGGGUUGCCUAAAUUAGAUGUGAAGAGGUACACAAGGUCUAUUCUUAAAGGUAUUAAUUACAUCAACAGUCACGAUUAUGUUCAUUGUGACUUGAAGCCAGACAAUGUGCUGCUCGUGCCUAGUGGGGAUGGUGACUUUGUGCCCAAGAUUGGGGAUUUUGGAUUGGCUAAGAAAGUUCAGAAGACCAAGAAGAGGAAGCUUGAUUGUUCUAUUGCCGAGACUGCUUUCUAUAUGGCACUAGAGACUCUCGUUGAUAAUAUUCAGGAAUUUCCCUCUGAUAUUUGGGCUCUUGGAUGUAUGGUUUUCGAGAUGUUUACUGGGAAAUCACUUUGGAGGAUUGCUGAUGUAUAUGAAUUGCCUAAAAUUCCUUCUUGGAUUUCAAAGGAUGGCAAGGAUUUCUUGAAUGGAUGUCUAGUGAAGAGUCAUUAG